CCCUCGCUCUGCCCCUACCCGAUCCCGGGCAGGAGUGCGGCGGCUGCGGGCGCCCAGUCCCAGCGGGCACCGACGCCAGACGCAUCGUUGCCUCUCCUCUGCAGGUCUGCCCAGCCCUGCCCGAACAUGCUGGACGGCCUGAAGAUGGAGGAGAACUUCCAAAGCGCGAUCGAGACCUCGGCCUCCUUCUCUUCGCUGCUGGGCAGAGCGGUGAGCCCCAAGUCUGUCUGCGAGGGCUGUCAGCGGGUCAUCUUGGACAGGUUUCUGCUGCGGCUCAACGACAGCUUCUGGCAUGAGCAGUGCGUGCAGUGCGCCUCCUGCAAAGAGCCCCUGGAGACCACCUGCUUCUACCGGGACAAGAAGCUCUACUGCAAGUACGACUAUGAAAAGCUGUUUGCUGUCAAAUGUGGGGGCUGCUUCGAAGCCAUCGCACCCAAUGAGUUUGUGAUGCGGGCCCAGAAGAGCGUCUACCACCUGAGCUGCUUCUGCUGCUGUGUCUGCGAGCGGCAACUUCAGAAGGGCGACGAGUUUGUCCUGAAGGAGGGGCAGCUGCUCUGCAAAGGGGACUACGAGAAGGAGCGGGAGCUGCUCAGCCUGGUGAGCCCGGCAGCCUCAGACUCAGGUAAAAGUGACGAUGAAGAAAGUCUUUGCAAGUCAGCCCAUGGGGCAGGGAAAGGAGCUACUGAGGAUGGCAAGGACCACAAACGCCCCAAACGUCCCAGGACCAUCUUGACAACCCAGCAGAGGAGAGCUUUCAAGGCCUCGUUUGAAGUGUCCUCCAAGCCCUGCAGGAAGGUGAGGGAGACUCUGGCUGCAGAGACAGGGCUGAGCGUCCGCGUCGUCCAGGUGUGGUUCCAGAACCAGAGAGCUAAGAUGAAGAAGCUGGCCAGGCGGCAGCAGCAGCAGCAGCAAGAUCAACAGAACACGCAGAGGCUGAGUUCUGCUCAGACGAAUGGUGGCGGCAGUGCCGGCAUGGAAGGGAUCAUGAACCCCUACACGGCCCUGCCCACCCCGCAGCAGAUCCUGGCCAUCGAGCAGAGCGUCUACAGCUCGGAUCCCUUCCGACAGGGUCUCACCCCGCCCCAGAUGCCUGGAGACCACAUGCACCCCUAUGGUGCAGAGCCCCUUUUCCAUGACCUGGAUAGCGACGACACCUCCCUCAGUAACCUGGGUGACUGUUUCCUAGCAACCUCAGAAGCCGGGCCCCUGCAGUCCAGAGUGGGAAACCCCAUUGACCACCUGUACUCCAUGCAGAAUUCGUACUUCACCUCUUGAGUCUUCCCCUGGUGUUCCGUGGCUAGGCUCCCGUACAGAACAACCGCAUUGUGUGAGGGGUCGCUGGCUUUAGACGGGGAGGCCAGGGAAGAGGUGGGCUGGGGAGGGAGUUUUGCUGGGAAUGCUGUUGUAUAACGACGAUAUGGUGUAGCCCGGCAUUCCCAAAGACUGAAUACAUUAUGGAUUGCAUAGUUUAAUGUUUCUAAUAACAGUCUUAGCGUUAGAUGUGAAGAUGUGUUUAUCAUUAAGGACAGGGACUUUUAAUCUAGACAUUCUCAUGCAAACUAGAUACCUAGGGACUCCUAACAACUUCCCACCCUUUUGGGGAAGCUUUUGUUCAAGAGGUGCAUAUGUCUUUCCAUCUAUACACCAUAGACAGACAGACAGACAGACAGAUAGAUGUGCGUGUGUGAGUGUGUAAACCUUUCAUACUUUAUCAUCAAAGUUUAUUCCUAAUUAUAACAGACACCACUGUACAGCAAAAGUAACUUUAUUUUCAGUGUGAACUAUAUUUAAGGAAAUGCUUGAUGCACUUAAGUUAUAAAAUGAGAUAAUUUACUUUUAUAAACUUUAUUUUUAGUUUGAAGAGACUUGUCGGCAGGGCAGAGAGGGCUGCUUCACCUAGCCCUGUAGCUUGGAGUGCUUGAGUUCCUUCUGUUUUCAGAGUGUCACCGAGGUCUGGAAACAGCUCUGUGUGGCUGACAGUGUUCUUGCAUGAGGGUUCUUGCUCUCUUUGGGGUUGAAUCGUCACUGGGCUUGGGUGGGACAGAACAAUCCCUGAUCAUGUGCUUAGAAAACGUAAAGCCCAGACUUUGGGGCUUUCGUUUAGAUUCCGACAUGUGGUUGUCGGGCAGCGCUGGGAAGGUCGGUUCUGCUCUGGGCUUUCGGCAUCUGCAGGUGUGGAUGAGGCUGAUCGCAUGCACCUACCUCACUGGGAAACACCAAGGCCAAUUCGCCCCCAGGACACAUGAGCAGGGCUCAGACCAAUAUCUGAUAUUUGUUUAAAAGGCAACCAGACCUUUGCCUCACGUGGCGGAGGGGGGCACCUGGGGCUGCAGCAGGGGGCUCAGCACUCAGAUCCCUGGGGCAACACUGCCCGCCCAGCCCCCUCUGCGAAAGCCUGGACAGGAGAGAUCCCAGCUCAGGGCGACUCAGAGGGAAGCCAGAGUCCUUCAGUGGGAGGAGGCUAAGGCUGAGAAGACAAAGGAGGGCACGGGGAUGUUCUAGAGCAGGGGUGGGCCAACUACUGCCCGAGGGCCUAUAUUUUUAUGGCUUGCCAGUUUUUACAUUUUUAUAUGU